AUGCGGCGCCCGCGGCGGCCUGGGGGACCUGGGGGCUCCGGGGGUCUCCGGCUGCUCUUCUGCCUCCUGCUGCUGGGCAACCGCCCAGGGGGCUGCAACGCCAUUAGUGCCCACGGUUGUCUGUUUGACCGAAGGCUUUGCUCCCACCUUGAAGUCUGUAUUCAGGAUGGCUUGUUUGGACAGUGUCAGGUGGGAGUGGGGCAGGUCCGGCCCCUUCUGCAAGUCACCUCUCCAGUUCUCCAGCGCUUACAAGGCGUGCUCCGACAGCUCAUGUCCCAAGGAUUGUCCUGGCAUGAUGAUCUCACUCAGUACGUGAUUUCCCAGGAGAUGGAGCGCAUCCCCCGGCUUCGCCCCCCACAACCCUAUCCAAGGGACAGAUCUGGCUUAGCGUCUAGGAGACCUGGCCCUGGGGAGCUGCUUUCAAAGGGCAUGCCCACUGGCCCUGCCCCUGCAACCCAGCACCUCCUUCCUCGGCCUUCAGCAGGUGGGGGUGGAGCUGGGGCAGGCUCCUCCCUGUCCCCCCUGCAGGCUGAGCUGCUGCCCCCUCUCUUGGAGCACCUGCUGUUGCCCCCACAGCCUCCUCACCCUGCCUUGAGUUAUGAAACCGCCUUGCUGCAACCCUACCUCUUCCACCAGUUUGGAUCCCGUGAUGGCUCUCAGGGCUCAGAGAGCUCCCCAGGGAUGGUCAGUGUCGGCCCCCUGCCCAAGACCAAACUCCCUGCCCUCCUCAGCAGAGCUGCCUCCAAGGGCAUGUUUGGGGCCCACCCUAGCCUCUCCUAUGGGGACCCUCCAGGGCCUUCACCUGCUCAGCUUUUCCAGGAUUCAGGGCUGCUCUACCUGACCCAGAAGCCUCCAGCGCCCAGCAGGGCCAGGGUGCCAAGGCUUCCAGAGCAAGGGAGCAGCAACCAGGAGGUUGCAGAAGAUUCCUCGGAGGGCUAUGAGAAGGAAGGACCAGGGGCUCGUGGAGAGAAGCCUUUCCCAGCUGUCCCGCCAGAUGUCGCUCUGCAGAGACUGGCGGCUGUGCUGGCAGGCUAUGGAGUGGAGUUGCGUCAGCUGACCCCAGAACAACUAUCUACCCUCUUGACCUUGCUGCAGCUGCAGCCCAAGGGGGCAGGAAGAAACCUGGGUGGGGUAAAUGCUGGAGCUGACAUCAAGAAAGUGAAAGAGGAGGAGAUACAGGGUGCAAACACAGCAGCACCCCCAUCCCCCACGGCCCCCCUGCCUGGACACCCCACCUCCAGUAACGCCCAGCAAGUACUGAGCUCCCCAGAGUCCUCCAAGGCUGCUGACCUCCCUGUCACACCUGUCCUGCUGGAGAAGAAAAGUCCUCUGGGCCAGAGCCAGCCCACAAUGGCAGGGCAACCCUCUGCUCGGCCUUCUGCCGAGGAAUAUGGCUACAUCGUCACUGACCAGAAGCCGCUGAGCCUGGCUGCAGGCGUGAAGCUGCUGGAGCUCCUGGCUGAACACGUGCACAUGUCCUCGGGCAGCUUUAUCAAUAUCAGUGUGGUGGGACCAGCCCUGACAUUUCGCAUCCGGCACAAUGAGCAGAACCUGUCUUUGGCUGAUGUGACCCAGCAAGCUGGGCUGGUGAAAUCGGAACUGGAGGCCCAGGCAGGGCUCCGGAUCUUGCAGACGGGAGUGGGACAGAGGGAGGAGGCUGCCGCAGUCCUUCCCCGGCCAGCCCACGGCACCUCUCCCAUGCGCUCCGUGUUGCUUACUCUGGUGGCCCUGGUGGGCGUGGCUGGGCUGCUGGUGGCCCUGGCCGUGGCUCUGUGUAUGCGGCAGCAUGCACGGCAGCGGGACAAGGAGCGCCUGGCAGCCCUGGGGCCCGAGGGCGCGCAUGGGGACACCACGUUUGAGUACCAGGACCUCUGCCGGCAACACAUGGCCACGAAGUCCCUGUUCAAUCGGUCCGAGGGUCCGCCGGAGCCCUCACGUGUGAGCAGCGUGUCCUCCCAGUUCAGUGACGCGGCACAGGCCAGCCCCAGCUCCCACAGCAGUACGCCCUCCUGGUGCGAGGAGCCAGCACAGGCCAACAUGGACAUCUCCACAGGGCACAUGAUCCUGGCAUACAUGGAGGACCACUUGCGGAACCGGGACCGCCUGGCUAAGGAGUGGCAGGCCCUGUGUGCCUACCAGGCAGAGCCGAACACCUGUGCCACCGCCCAGGGGGAGUGCAACCUCAAAAAGAACCGCCACCCUGACUUCCUGCCCUAUGACCAUGCCCGCAUCAAGCUGAAGGUGGACAGCAGCCCUUCUCGGAGCGAUUACAUCAACGCCAGCCCCAUCAUUGAGCACGACCCUCGGAUGCCAGCCUACAUCGCCACCCAGGGCCCGCUGUCCCACACCAUUGCAGACUUCUGGCAGAUGGUGUGGGAGAGUGGCUGCACCGUCAUCGUCAUGCUGACCCCACUGGUGGAGGAUGGUGUCAAGCAGUGUGACCGCUACUGGCCAGACGAGGGCUCCUCCCUCUACCAUGUAUACGAGGUGAACCUGGUGUCGGAGCACAUCUGGUGUGAGGACUUUCUGGUGCGCAGCUUCUACCUGAAGAACGUGCAGACCCAGGAGACGCGCACCCUCACACAGUUCCAUUUCCUCAGCUGGCCGGCAGAGGGCACUCCGGCCUCCACGAGGCCCCUGCUGGACUUUCGCAGGAAGGUGAAUAAAUGCUACCGGGGCCGCUCCUGCCCCAUCAUCGUGCACUGCAGUGAUGGUGCUGGGAGGACUGGCACCUACAUCCUGGUCGACAUGGUCCUGAACCGCAUGGCCAAAGGUGUGAAAGAGAUCGACAUUGCGGCCACCCUGGAGCACGUGCGUGACCAGCGGCCCGGCCUUGUCCGCUCCAAGGACCAGUUUGAAUUUGCCCUGACCGCCGUGGCAGAGGAGGUGAACGCCAUCCUCAAGGCCCUGCCCCAGUGA